CUACUUUUUUUUGCCUGUAAUCUACCCGCAAUGUGGACAGGAGUAAUGGGAGUUGUAGUUACGAACCGUAUUGCAUUCCCUGUAAUAUUUCCUGUGAAUACUAUACACUCCUUAUAUUAGUUCCAGUGAGUGGAGCAGAGUUACAAGGGGCCAAUAGAGGGCAGUGGGAAGCUGUCAUCCUCCAAGCAGAUUACUGGGAAAGCGGAAGCUGGCUGUGAGUAGUGGGUUAGUGGGUAUGGAGUCAGGGGAAGCCAGAUCUGAGCAGUCCGAUGGGGAGCUGGAUGGGUGCAGAGCGAGGAACAUGGGCAGAGGGAGUCCAGCUGGGGGCAGAGCAAGAGGAGAUAUGGGCAGAGGGAGUCCAGCUGGGGGCAGAGCAAGAGAUAUGGGCAGAGGGAGUCCAGCUGGGGGCAGAGCAAGAGGAGAUAUGGGCAGAGGGGAGCUAGAUGAUUGCAGAGCUAUAGAGACAGGUGCAGUACCAUGUGUUUGUAAGACAAGGGGAUGUGACACAGAGCCAGAUGUGUGCAGAGCAGGGGAGACAGGCACAUGGUCUGCACUAUGCAGAGCAGGGGAGACAGGCACAUGGUCUGCACUAUGCAGAGCAGGGGAGACAGGCACAGGGUCUGCACUAUGCAGAGCAGGGGGGACAGGCACAGAGUCUGCACUUUGCAGAGCAGGGGGGACAGGCACAGAGUCUGCACUUUGCAGAGCAGGGGGGACAGGCACAGAGUCUGCACUUUGCAGAGCAGGGGGGACAGGCACAGAGUCUGCACUAUGCAGAGCAGGGGGGACAGGCACAGAGUCUGCACUUUGCAGAGCAGGGGGGACAGGCACAGAGUCUGCACUUUGCAGAGCAGGGGGGACAGGCACAGAGUCUGCACUUUGCAGAGCAGGGGGGACAGGCACAGAGUCUGCACUUUGCAGAGCAGGGGGGACAGGCACAGAGUCUGCACUUUGCAGAGCAGGGGGGACAGGCACAGAGUCUGCACUUUGCAGAGCAGGGGGGGCAGGCACAGAGUCUGCACUUUGCAGAGCAGGGGGGACAGGCACAGAGUCUGCACUAUGCAGAGCAGGGGGGACAGGCACAGAGUCUGCACUAUGCAGAGCAGGGGGGACAGGCACAGAGUCUGCACUAUGCAGAGCAGGGGGGACAGGCACAGAGUCUGCACUAUGCAGAGCAGGGGGGACAGGCACAGAGUCUGCACUAUGCAGAGCAGGGGAGUUAAAUGUUGAGCCAGAUCUGUGCAGAGCUAGGGAGACCGAUGCAGAACCAGCUGUGUUCCGAGCAAGGGGAAUUAAUGCAGAGCCACAUGUGUUCAGAGCAAGGAAGAUUAAUGCAGAGUCAGCUAUGCACACACCAAGGGAGAUAGGAAUGAAGCCAGAUGUGCACAGAGCAAGGAAUAUUAAUGCAGAGUCAGAUAUGCACACACCAAGGGAGACAGGAAUGGAGCCAUAUGUGUAUAGACCAAGGCAGAUUAAUGCAGAUCCAGAUCAGCACAUCGAAAGGGAGACAGGUAUGGAGCCAGAUAUGUACAGAGAAAGGGAUGGAGGUAUGGAACCAGAUGUGUACAGAGCAAGGGGGGCAGAUGCUGGACCAGAUGUGUGCAGGACACAGGAGACGAGUAUGCUACCAGAUGUGUGUGGAACACGGGAGAUGGGCACAGAGCCAAAUGUGUGCAGAGUAAGGGAUACAGGAACAGAGCGAAAUGUGUGCAAUACAAGAGAUACAUACAUGGAGCAAGAUGUAUAUAGUGCAGUGCAAAUGGGUAUGGAACCAGAUGUGUGCAGAGCAAGGCAGAUGGACAUGGAGCCAGAUGUUUGCAGAGCAAGGGAGGUUGCCAAAGAGCAAAAAGUGCGCAGAGCAAGGGAUGCAAGCACAGAACUAGUUGUGUGCAGAGCGAGGGAGAGUGAUACAGAGUUUGAUGUGGUCAGAGCAAGGGAGAGUGUCACAGACCAAGUUGCUUUCAUAAAAUCAGUUGAUUGUGUAAGAAGGCAGCCAGCCAUAGAGGUAGUUAUGUGUAGAGCAAGUGAGAUUGUUUCAGAGACUGCAGAUUCCCUUGUUACACAUUCUACUUCUUCUGUGCCAGUCUCUGUGUUUGUGCAGACAGGCACAGGGGCAGUUGAUUUUAGCAAUAGAGGGAUAGGCACAGACUUGACUAGUUGUAGAAUAAGUGAAAGGACUGUCACACAAACAGUACAUUAUAGUAAAAGUGAGACUGGCGCAGAGGGAGUGGAUUGCAAUAAAAGGGAGACUACUACAGUGGUAUUAGAUUGCAGUAAAAUAGAGAUUGGCACAGAGAAAGUGGUUUGCAGUAAAGUGGAAAUUGACACAGAAGCAGUGGAUUGCAAUAAAGGUGAGACUGACACAGAAGCAGUGGAUUGCAAUAAAGGUGAGACUGACACAGAAGCAGUGGAUUGCAAUAAAGGUGAGACUGACACAGAAGCAGUGGAUUGCAAUAAAGGUGGAACUGACACAGAAGCAGUGAAUUGCAAUACAUGCAGUGCUGGCACUGAAGCUGUAGAAUGCAGUAAAAGGGAGGAUGUCACAGAACCAGGUAAUUGCGGAACAAGAAUGGCACACACAGAAGUAGUUUGUUGUAGAACAAGGGAUACAUGUACAGGGCCAGCUGGGAGCAGAGCAAAGGAGUCAGAGCCUUGUGGAAUGAGUGCUGACCAAAAAAAACAUAAGUGUGGAAGCCCUGCAGUAGACUUAGAUUGUGUUGAGCUGACAGCUGGCCAGUAUUCUGAGUCUUCUCUGGGAGCCUGCUAUCUGGAAAGCCAUAUAGAGAAAGAUAUGGAGGAUGGCUCCGACGUGAAAUCAGAAGAGUUUGUUAUGAUGUGUGAUUUUGUUGCUACAGAUGAAAAUCAGCUCAGCCUUUCUUCUGGGGACAAAGUGCACCUUAUUACCGUAGCCACACAAGAUUGGUGGUGGGUGGAGCACAAUGGUAGCUAUGGUUAUGUGCCUUCAAAUCAUUUAUGUGAAAGUGAUGAAUUGGAUGACCCAUGGCAAGAUGAUGAAUAUUAUGGAAGUUAUGAGACUCUGAAGCUGCACUUGGAAAUGCUGUCCGAUCUACCACGUACAAAAACCUACCAGGAAGUUGUCAGGAGUAACAGAGCUGCAUUGCAGGGCAAGUGUAUCCUUGACCUGGGUUGUGGAACCGGGAUAAUAAGUUUUUUUUGUGCGAAGCUGGCACAGCCAGAAGCAGUAUUUGCAGUGGAAGCAAGUGAGAUUGCUCAGCAAACACGUAGACUGGUGGAGAAAAAUGGAUUCUCUAGGGUCGUGCAUGUUAUAGAACAGCGAGUAGAAGAAGUGGAACUGCCCACCAAAGUGGAUGUCCUUAUAUCAGAGUGGAUGGGGACAUGUUUGCUUUUUGAGUUCAUGUUGGAGUCGGUUCUCAUGGCACGUGAUAUGUGGCUGAAAGAGGAUGGGAUGAUGUGGCCUAGUACAGCGUCCAUUCACCUGGUGCCAUGUAGUGCAGCCAAAGAAUAUGACAGCAAAAUAACGUUCUGGGACUCUGUGUUCCAGCUGGAUUUCAGCCCAUUGAAAUCACUUGCAGUGAAAGAAUUUCUUUGCAAGCCAAAACCAGAUUACGUGCUGCAGCCAGAGGAGUGUUUGUCUGAACCCUAUAUGUUAUUUAAUAUAGAUAUGAAGACAGUACAGAUUUCAGAUCUAGAGAGGAUGAGCAACAACUUCAUAUUCUACAUAGCAAAGGAUGGCAAUAUUCAUGGAUUCACUUUUUGGUUCAGUGUCCAAUUCCACAAUAUUGAAGACAAGGGAUUGGUUGAAUUGGAUACUGGACCUUUCAACCCGCUUACACACUGGAAGCACACGCUUUUCAUGCUGGAUGAACCACUGCAUGUAAAGAGAGGAGACAGGAUCAGCGGCACUGCAGUGUUUCACAGAAAUCCCAUAUGGAGACGUCACAUGUCUGUCACCCUAAGCUGGAAAAUCACCAAUGAAGAACUAGAUGCAGCACACAUAGUUGGAAGCAAGGAAUUCCCAAUGUGGAGAUGACAUUAGUUCCUGCAGCAACUAUGCUACAUUGUUGUUUCCUAUAAGAAACAGGAGAUGAAAUAUACUGCUCUGAACACAAAGGCCAGUAGGACUGGGCUGAAUCUCAGCUAUAUCUAUACACAGAUCUUUACCUCAAUAUGCUAAUGUUUACUAUAAACCACUGGGCACAACCUGUUUUGUUUUGUCUGAAUUCUGCACUAUUGAUCUUGGAAUAUAGGUUUACCCAAGUUACAGAGUUUGCUGCCCCCCGAGUUAGCACUGUAUCUUAAUUGUUGUGUCCUUUACUUUAAACAAGACCUGUUUAUUAUCACUUGAAUUGAACAUCUAACUUAU